GGCGCGUGAUGCACAUAAGCAAAGCAGGUUCACGGCCGUUAAAAACGGAUGUCGGAGUUUUGUAGUUAGAAAAAUAUCUCCAUCGCAUCGCUGCGGUGGCGAGCUAACGGAAGGAAAAACUCUCUCGCUUGACCACUGGAAGCCAAGCUCCCGCCCUCGUGUCGGCCACGGAUGCUCGCCGCCGACGCCAUGCUCCGGUCGUCGAGGUUCGACUUUAGGGUGCCCUGGAUCCGUCGCCCCAGAGGCGGAUUGGGCGAGAGAUUAGGGUUACGGCGGCGAUCCACUAGGCAGGAGCCGGGUACCGUCGGUGAAAAGGCUGGUUCCCUCCGCUGGAUGACUUCCUGCUUCAUGGAUCCCGCGUCUAAGGGGAAAAAGAUGGAGGCGGAGUCCGUCCGCGGCGGGGAGGACCUAUGGGACGCCGAGUCGGCCGCGCAGCAGGGGAGGUUUCCUGAGCAUCUAGUUGUGAUGGUUAAUGGCUUGGUCGGGAGCGCCGAAGACUGGAAGUUUGCUGCUGAACAGCUGGUUAAAAAACUUCCGGACAAAGUUAUAGUCCACCGCAGUGAAUGCAAUUCUUCUAGACUAACAUUUGAUGGGGUUGAUUUGAUGGGUGAUAGGCUUGCCGAAGAGGUUAGAACGGUUGUUAAGCAAAGAGGGGGCGUUCGCAAGAUUUCAUUUGUUGCUCACUCUUUGGGUGGCUUGGUAGCUAGAUAUGCUAUAGGAAGGCUUUAUGAACCUGUAACCAGUGUGGAAUUUUCUUGUGGAACAGCUGAAGAAAGUAAAGGCAAAGACAUCUGCAUGCUAGGAAGAAUAGCAGGGUUGGAACCUAUGAACUUUAUAACAUUUGCUUCACCACAUUUAGGUUCGAGAGGGCAUAGACAACUUCCUUUUCUAUGUGGGCUUCCAUUUCUUGAACAAAGGGCGUCUGAAACUGCACAUUUCAUAGUUGGGAGGACUGGGAAACAUCUAUUCCUAACAGAUAAAGAUGAUGGAAAGCUGCCGCUUCUCGUACGCAUGGUUGGCGAUUGUGAUGAUAUAAAAUUCCGAUCAGCUUUGCGCUGUUUUAAACGACGAGUUGCUUAUGCCAAUGCAAAUUUUGAUCAUAUGGUAGGAUGGAGAACAUCAUCAAUUCGGCGUCAACGUGAAUUACCAAAACAUCAUCUUCUUGUAGGGGACAAGAACUAUCCUCACAUUGUUUAUGUGGACAAAGGAGAUAAAAUAAAUACUCAUAAUGAGAUGCCUAUUGAGGCUCCAAAAGAUGAGCUAGAAGAAGAGAUGAUUAGAGGGCUUGCACAAGUACCCUGGGAGCGUGUUGAUGUUAGCUUUCAGAAAAGCAGACAAAGAUAUGUUGCACACAAUACAAUCCAGGUGAAGAGCUACUGGUUAAAUUCUGAUGGUGCAGAUGUGAUCUUCCAUAUGAUAGACAAUUUCCUCAUCUAACCCCUUCAAUUUUGAUGGUUUUUUCUUUUAGAAAUUGGUGAUCAUUGCCACAUUGAAGCACAGCCAAUUUUGUACAUUCGUUCCACUUUGUUCAUAUGUUUCUAUUCUAUUGUAUGGCUUAUAACUUCCUUUUUCAAAACGUACUCAUUUGUGGUGGUGCAUUUAGAAGUUGACCUUUUGUAUGCUUGCAACACAACUGCAAUCGAUAAAAGCCCUGUUUAAUCCUUCCUAUCGUUUCU